AAUCCCAGUGGCUAGAUGUGCCAAGCUUAUAGAGAUAUACCCCAAGAGAAUUGCAGCUGUAAUUGCGGCAAAAGGUGGCUCCACAAGACGGACAUAAAUAAGCCCCCUGACCUAUCUAGCAGAGAAGCAGGCACAAUGAGCAAGCUCACUUUACUUGCAGGUCUGUGCUUCGCCCUGUGCCACUUGGGCUUGACCUCCCAACUGGUCUGCUACUUUACCAACUGGUCCCAGUACAGACCUGGAACUGGGAAGUUCCUGCCAGCUAAUGUUGACCCUCACUUGUGUACUCACCUGAUCUACGCCUUCUCCAUUAUCAACCCUGCCAAUGAGCUUGCCACCUAUGAGUGGAAUGAUGAGACCCUCUACAGUUCCUUCAAUGGACUUAAAGACAGAAAUCCUCGGCUCAAAACACUUUUGGCUGUCGGUGGAUGGAAGUUUGGCACACAACAGUUCAGUAUCAUGGUUUCAUCACCUGACAAUCGGCUGAAGUUCAUCCAGUCUUCGAUCAGUUUCCUUCGGAGGCAUAGUUUUGACGGGUUGGACCUGGACUGGGAGUACCCUGGAGCACGGGGAAGCCCUCCAGAAGACAAGCAGAGAUUCACACUGUUGUGCAAGGAGCUCCUCGAGGCCUUUGAGGCUGAGGGCAAGGCAGUCAGCCGCCCCAGGCUGCUGCUUACGGCUGCUGUGGCUGCUGGGAAAGGGACCAUUGAUUCUGGCUAUGAAAUUGCAGAAAUUGCUAAAUACCUGGACUUCAUUAGCGUGAUGACCUAUGACUUCCAUGGAUCCUGGGAGACCUUCACAGGACACAACAGCCCUCUCUACCAGGGAUCCCAUGACACAGGAGACCAUAUCUACUUCAACACAGAUUUUGCCAUGAAAUACUGGCGAGAUCAGGGAGCCCCUGUUGAGAAGCUGAUGAUGGGAUUUGCUACGUAUGGACGUUCGUUCCAGCUCGCCUCUGUAGAUAGUGGGGUCGGAGCGUCAGCCAACGGUGCUGCUGCAGCUGGACCUUUCACCAGGGAAGCUGGUUUCUGGUCUUAUUAUGAGAUCUGUACUUUCCUCCAAGGAGCCAGUUUCCAGUGGAUUGAGGAUCAAAAGGUUCCCUAUGCCUCUAAAGGAAAUCAGUGGGUAGGAUUUGACAAUAGGGAGAGCUAUGACACAAAGGUCGGCUACCUAAAGGAAAAUGGCUUUGGAGGGGCCAUGGUUUGGAAUCUGGACCUGGAUGACUUUGCUGGACAGUCAUGUGGACAGGGCAACUAUUCCCUGAUCAGCCAUCUUCAAAAACUCCUCAACAUUGACUCCAUGAAAUGAUGACCUUGGCUCGUCCUAAAUAUUUGGUCACAUGAUUAAUUCUGUGUAUGGAGUUCUAACUUGAAUAUACUUAUUCCUGUAACUAUAUAAGGCCUUAUCAAUUAUGUCACGUGGAUAAUGAAUGUAUAUGUUAUUGAUAACUGAAGGGUGAAGAAGAGUUUUGUUUAUGGAAAGUUACUGUGAGAGAAAAGGGGAACAGAGACUAUAACCAAAGUCUGUUCACUAAUGUGAACAGAAGGUCGCUUGUAAACAUCACGGAGUAGUGAUCGGAUAAAGAGCAACAGCGCAACAUUUAGGCAGUAUUGGGCAACAGAUAGCAUUUUGACAUAUAAAUGCCUGUUUGAUCAUGUGCAAAGUGUGCUUGCAGCUGAAGCACCCAGUUUGUUGAAUAAACGUGGUUUGAGCUUUU